AUGGAGUCCCCCGAAUUUCCAUUAGCACUUGGGUCCAGCUCGAGCUCAUGCAUUAGCACUGAGAAUGUAACACCGACGUCGGUGAUAACAGAGGGCAUUGCCAACGAGGCGAGCAGCUCAACGGUCACAUCUUCUCCCCACGAAACCCCUAUCGCCGAAACUGGUUCGGAAUCGAAUCGGUCAAAGAGGAAGCGUAACAGAACGGUCUUGAGGAAACAACAGUGUGACCGUGGUCAACCUUGUUCAAGAUGCGUCAGCCGAGGCGCUGCCAAAUCCUGCACAUAUCAAGAACCCAAGAAGAAUGCGAGAAACUCAGAAAGCCCUGUCAAGCUACAACCAACGGAAACUCCUAGUCCAUUUGCCCUUCCACCUGGCGAAGUCAAUGAACGUGUACUUGAACUAGAAAGCAUCAUCUCACACACACUAAACAGCCUAGAUCCUACCGCGGUAGCUGGACUAAACUCGCUUUUACACUCUGUACAAGCGCGCUACGCAUCUGGUGUGGUCACAGACCUCUCCGCAGAAAGCUGCGAAAUGACAGAGGAAGCUGUAGGAGUUGCAGCGACGGCGCUUGGCCAACUUUCACAGAUAUCGGACGCUACACCGUUACAUUCCCAUUCGUUCGACUCACCAGAUUGUGAUCUAUUUGCAAGUGCACGUCGUAUGUUGCCUACGACUGGUUCUGCGUCCCUUUUUGAUUUGCGCAACAACUUCCCCAGUGAGAAGAUUAUGUCCUUCCUUAUAUCCCACUAUUUCGACCACAGUUCGGUCCACUGGAUCUGGCCUGUCAUCAACAGACCAUCAUUCGAACUUUGCUAUCGCACGUUUCAGGCUGGUGCACCUAUACCACCGAGUAUCGAGUAUUCGUCUUGUGUGGCGAUAGUCUGUGCUUUAGCGCUACAGUUCCUUCCGGAAAGUGAUGAUGAUAAGGAGAUAUUCGCGGAAUAUGAACCAGGUCGACAUGUUCUCGAACAAAAACUACUCGUCUUUGUGCGAUCGGUUAUGCUCACAGCUCCAGAUCCGCCGGUGUCCUCGAUAGAGCGCAUACAGAUGGUUCUAUUAUAUGCAAUCUAUCAAUGGAACGAAGGCAAAGUAGGCGAGAGCUACUAUAUACUAUGCCUUGGUAUUAGGAUGGCGCAAACCUUGGGUAUGCAUCGAGACGGGUUGAAUGUCUGGCACAUGCGACCACGAGACGCCGAGUUGAGGAGACGUGUUUGGUGGUGCUUGUUCAUCGCAGAUAGAUUCCAAGCCUUUCAGUUUGGGUGCCCAUACAUCAUCUCCGAGCUACAUUGCGAUGCGGAGCUUCCUAUGAAUCUUGAUCAGUCUCAGAUUCUCGACAUAUCGCCGCUAAACGCAAAGCCUAUAGAAGAGCCGACUGACUCCAUGUAUCUUCACUUUCACUCGCGCUUCUCCCAGCUGGUCGGGCGCAUGUGUGACGAGUGUUUCGGAGCCCAUCUUCCUACGUAUCGCACCGUGAUGGACUACGAAGACAAGCUUCGUGGUUUCGAUUGGGACAUUCCGAACUCUCUAAAAUACCAGUCGUCACAAGUCGCAGCCGCCCGGCCUUACCUUUCGUUUCAGCAUCAAAUCCUGAGCAUCGAGAUUUACUUCUCUCGACUGACAUUACUGCGACCAUUCCUCUUCAUCCGGCCAGAAGAGAGCGCUGGCGGAGACGAGAUGGGUAUCAAAUUGAAUGCAUUUCAUCGACACGCAAGGACAGUAUGCUUGAUGUUAUGUAAACGCCUUUUAUCCAUGGCCUACGUCUUUCGAACACAGAUUCCUCGCACGCAGCAGCGCUGGUGGGCCAUCUCUGGGUCUGCCGUGCACGCCGCUAUCGUAUUUACCGUCGCCAUCCUGUCCGACCCUCAAAAUCACGAAAAUGAGGAACUCUCAGAAUGGAUUGCUUUUGCUUGCCGUCUUCUUCAAGAACUCGCCCCAUAUAACGUCGUUGCCCAAUGUGCCCUGCGAUAUACGAGUGUCAUGCAAAAUCGGACGCAGCUCGCAUUGAAAGCGGCGGGAAUAUGUUCUACAAUGCGUGAGGAGCCAGACCUAUCGUUGACGCAGAAUAGCGAUAGGGCGACGAGGGUGUUAGCACAACCGCAGCCUAAUGUUGCGGACUUGCUAGGCAGGGAGUUGGCCGCCGAUAAUCUCUGGGUGAUAAUGAGGCCCGGGGUGUUUGCAGGGCAUUUUCCAGGCAUAGCUUCGGUCAGCGGGCCCAUGGAACCUCAACAUCUGGAAAGAUUCUUUGAUAACUGUUUCACUGCGUCUCCAGGGCCGGCUCUGCCGCCCGGUUGCAAGCCUAAUCGCCAUUGA